UUAUGGCAAAUAGGACUGAUCCUACUGCUCAUUUAAUACACGGGACUAAUCCUCAAUUUUUAUUUAGUAAGAUUCUCAGGGAUAAGGUUUAUAAUUCCUUUUACUGGAAGGAAAGCUGUUUCGGCUUAACUGCUGAAUCACUUAUUGAUAAAGCUGUUCAAAUAAAGUAUGUUGGAGGCACUUUUGGCGGAAAUCGGCAACCUUCACCUUUUAUUUGUCUUGUACUUAAAAUGCUUCAAAUACAGCCUGAAAUGGAGAUCGUUCACGAGUACAUUAAAAAUGAAGAUUACAAAUACUUAAGAGCUCUAGGCAUUUAUUACAUGAGACUUGUUGGCACUGCCGUUGAAGUGUACAGGACUCUUGAGCCCAUUCUUGGUGAUUAUCGCAAACUCAGAUUCAGAAACAUUGAUGGAAGUUAUGUAAUUAAAUAUAUGGAUGAAUUUGUCGACGAUUGCUUGACCAACACAACAUACCUGGAUGUCGACCUUCCGCCUCUUUCCAAAAGGAUGAACCUUGAGGCUACUAAAGCCCUUCCUCCUAGAAAAUCGCUACUAAAUAUAGUAAAAACCAAAGAUGAACCCUAACAUUUAAUAUCUUAGAUAA